UCCCCCACCCCCCCCACCCCCUCCACUCUCUCUCUCUUUCUCUCCUUGCCUUCUGGCUCGGCUCGGCUUCCUCUGCGGUGGCUGACCCAGGUGGACUUUUCGCUGGACGAGCGUGGGCGAAAAAGAAAGAAAGCGCGGCCCCGAUGCGAGCAGCGUGAGGGCCGAGAGCUGCCGUUUCCUUCAGAGCCGAGGCCCCAACAUGUGAGAAGAUGUCUGUUGGAGGUUGCGCUUGUCCCGGCUGUUCGUCAAAGUCAUUCAAGCUGUACUCUCCCAAGGAACCCCCCAACGGCGGCAGCUUCCCCCCUUUCCACCCAGGCGCUAUGCUGGACCGAGAUGUGGGGCCUACACCCAUGUACCCCCCGUCAUAUAUGGAACCUGGAAUGGGGAGACCCACACCGUACGGAAACCAGACAGACUAUCGCAUGUACGAGCUGAACAAAAGGCUACAGAACUGGACAGAGGAUUGCGACAAUUUGUGGUGGGAUGCCUUCACCACAGAGUUUUUUGAGGACGACGCAAUGCUCACCAUCACUUUUUGUCUGGAGGAUGGACCCAAACGAUACACCAUUGGUAGGACGUUGAUUCCCAGGUAUUUUCGGAGUAUCUUCGAGGGAGGCGCCACUGAGCUCUUCUACAACUUGAAGCAUCCCAAGGAGUCCUUCCACAGCAACUUUGUCUCUCUCGACUGUGACCAGUGCACCAUGGUCACCCAGAACGGCAAACCUAUGUUCACACAGGUUUGUGUGGAGGGCCGCCUGUACCUCGAGUUCAUGUUUGAUGACAUGAUGAGAAUUAAGACGUGGCACUUCAGCAUCAGACAACACAGAGAGGUCCUCCCCAGGAGCAUCUUGGCCAUGCAUCAGGAUCCACAAAUGCUGGAUCAGCUGGCUAAAAAUAUCACCAGAUGUGGGCUGUCCAACUCCACACUCAACUACCUCCGUCUAUGUGUGAUAUUGGAACCCAUGCAAGAGCUGAUGUCCAGACACAAAACGUACAGUUUGAGCCCCCGAGACUGCCUGAAGACUUGCCUCUUCCAAAAGUGGCAGAGGAUGGUAGCACCCCCAGCGGAGCCGGCCAGACAAGCGCCCAACAAGCGGCGGAAAAGGAAGGUGUCGGGUGGCAGCAACGUGAGCUCUGGCGGGGGCGGAAACAGCAACAGCAACUCCAAAAAGAAGAGUCCAGCCAACAGCUUCUCCCUCUCCAACCAGGACCUGGUUGGAACAAAAACCUGUACAGUGCCGGAGCUUGAGGACCGGAGUUGAGAACCACUACGCAAUCUCUAAAACACACACUCGCUCUCAUACAACAUGCAACAUUUGGGUACAGCAGAAAGGUGGGACGCAGCAUGUCUGGACCAGACUCCACACAAGUGUGUUUUUAUUUUGUCUGUGUCGACUUGUUUUUCUUUUUGUAACCAAACCCCAGAAAUAUUCAUUCAUUGCACUGUUUUCACAAUUACUUACGGAUUUGAACUGUUUUGUUUUCUCCAUUAUUAUUGCUGAUGUAAAAACUGUAAAACAUCUAGACCCUGCAGUAUAUUCAUGUAUAAAUACUUGCUGUUAGAUCCUUCUUCUUGUGAUGGUAAUAACGUUCAUGUAAAGUCCUCCAUCUGUGUCACACUGUCACCAGUCCGGUCCUUUUGCUUCGGAGGAGAACACGGCUUUUAACAUCGUGAAAAACAAACAACAAAAAAAGCCUGCUUUGUACGUGUAGUCUCGUUACUGCGGGCCCAUUUUCUCUCCUACAAUAGAGAACAGAACACAUCUCAAAUUUGCUACUCGGAUAUUUUAAAAACACAUUUUGAAACCAUUGUAAAAUAAGGAAGAAUUCAAAAAAAAACUUUUGUAUUAAGUUUCCCAGCAAUGUUUUUAAUCGCAAUGAAAAGAAAGCUGCAGACCAAGGAGCUACAUGUAAAGAAUCUUUAGAUAUCAACGACACUGCGCUGUUUGUUUUUAUGAGGAAUCGUUUUGUUGGCUUGUGUCUGUGCUUGUAUAUUUUCUAGCUAGUUCUUUCUGUAAAAGUUAUUCUAUGUAUUCCUCCUUAGAACUUCAAGAAGCUCAAUCUAGUGUAAAGAGAUAAAACGCCUCUUAAGUUUUUUUUAUGUGAUUUUUAAUGGUACAAUCACUGAUUUAAAAAAAAAAAGGAAAAAAAAAAAGAAUUUUGGCCUCAUUUAGCAAACUGUAUUUAUUUUUCUAUGUACUGACAUGCUGUUUUAAGUCCAAUCCACCUGUACAGUGCUCAUUUUUGUAAGGUAUGCCGAGUCAGUAAAUGCUGGUUGAGUGGCAGUGCCCGAGUACAUUCAGAAUGGUUCACAAUCAAGAUAUUUAAGUGUUUUUUGUUGUUUUUUUGCUGUUGUAGGCUCCCUGUCCAUCUGAAUCAUGUAUCAGAUGCACAAAUAAAAUAAUCACAUUUAAAGAA